AUGGUGAUACGUCUUAGAGGGUCGCGUAAUCUCCGGCAGCGUCUGGUGUACGCGACAUUAUCAGGACGCGCUAUUAGAAUAGACGACAUCCGCGCAGAGGCAGAGAGCCCCGGCUUAACGGAGUACGAAGCGUCGCUGCUGAGACUGCUCGAAAAGAUCUCCAACGGCUGUGUUGUGGAAAUCAACGAAACAGACCAGAUUUGUUUUCCGCAUCGUCAUCUCGGUCCCUUACAGCAUCCGUCUCUUCCCUGCCCGUCAAGGACCACCACCCUCUCCCCCUCUCUCGAACGGUCCUUGUAUUAUAUCCAUCCUCUCUCACUCUCUCCGUUGCCCUUUCCCAAGCUUAACCAGCAGCACCCGCCACGUUCCCCCACUUUCCCUUCCCCAUCCCCCAUUCCCCAACCUCCAACCAUACCUUCCCGCGCCCACCCGCGACCACCCGCAGGGGUGACGAACGACGACCGCGAUCCGAGCAUAGACACCCUGCGCACGGCGACGCUGCCCAUCCUGAAGCGGUUCGGCGUGGACAUGGCGGAAGUCGAGCUCAAGCUCGUUCGCCGCGGCGCGCCUCCCCUGGGCGGAGGGGAGGUGAUGCUGCGCCUGCCAAUCGUGAAGCAGCUGGAGGUGCGGUGGAAGGGGCUAGGGGCGGAGGACAAGGGGAGGGAGGGGUGGAUGGGGAGGGCGAUAUCUGAACCAGUGGUGUGGGAGGACGAGGGGCUGGUGAAGAGGGUGAGGGGGGUGGCGUUCACAGCGAGGGUGGCGCCGCAGGUGGCGAAUCGCAUGGUGGACGCGGCUAGAGGGGUGCUCAACCGCCUGCUGCCCGACGUCUUCAUCUUCACUGACCAUUUCUCGGGAGCAGACUCUGGCAGGUUGGUUGUCUCUCUCUCUCUCGUUUGGGGAGGGGGGGAAGGGAAGGCUAGAGGGGUGCUCAACCGCCUGCUGCCUGAUGUCUUCAUCUUCACUGACCACUUCUCGGGAGCAGACUCGGGCAGGUCGCCUGGCUUUGGCAUAUCCUUGGUCGCCGAAACAACGUCCGGCUGCCUGCUGAGUGCCGAGAGGGCCAUUGCCAGCUGCCGGGGGGAACAUGAAGGGGUGGGGGGAGGCGCAGGGAGAGGGGGGAGAGGAGGAGCAGGGGGGCAGGGGGAGGAGGUGCCUGAAGAUCUAGGGUUGCAGGCCGCACAGCUGUUGCUGCAUGAAGUGAAGCAGGGAGGCGUGGUGGACGGCAGUCAACAGGUGAGCGAUCGGAAGGAGGGGAAGAGGGUAAAAUUGGAGGGGAGAUACGAGGGAAGCGAGGUUGUUGCAGAGGAGCUGUGUUGGGUGCGAGUGGGGCAGUGGACCCUUGCCAGCCCUCACAUCACCUCUUUCCCGCCUGCCUCUCUCCCCUCAUUCCCCUCCCACAGGCCUUUGUGCUGCUGCUGUGUGCGCUGUGGUCCGGAGGAGUUGUGUCGGGUGCGGGUGGGGCCACUAGCGCCACACACAGUGGACGCACUGAGGGACAUGAGGGCCAUGCUGGGCGUGCAGUUUGACAUCCGCCCUGAUGAGAGCACCGGCACAGUGUUUCUCUCUUGUAUUGGCUCCGGCCACAAGAACCUCGCGAAACCUGUCACUUGA